AUGGCACCCAUCGACCUCUUCGAUACUGUUGCCGAAUCUAGUGAGCGAGUCAUCAAAGGUAAAGGCAAAGGCAGAGCCGAGCAACAAACCGAAAAUGGAUUCAACUUCAACGAACAAUAUGCCCAAAAGUAUGAAACACGCAAACGAGGCGAAGAACUAACAAAGUUGAAAGAUAAAUACGGACCAGAUUACGAGGAAUCAGAAGAUGAAGAUUUAUCUUCUGAGGAUUCAGAUGCCGAAUUCAUCACUCCUGAAGUGGAUGCUGCAAUUCUCAAAACGCUUGCAAGGAUCAAAAGAUCUGAUCCGACACUUUACGAAGGAGGUCAACCAGUCUUUCAAGAGGAAGAAUCUCAGCAUUCUGCUGCACGAGCUAACCGAACCAAAACGAAAAAUGACAACGAAUCCGCUCAUCGUCAGAAACCCCUACUCCUACGUGACUAUCAAAGGCAGGCUUUACUCUCCGGAAAGGAUGUCAAAUUGAAUGAUGGAUCUGAAGAGAAGAAACAAUUCGAUCCAACACCGGCUGAAGAGGCUGAAAUACUUCGAGAAGAGACUAAGCGGAUAUUCUACAAUGCUACCAAAGAAGGCGAAGCAAGUGAAGGCGGAAGUUCAGAUGAAGUUGAAGAUUUGCUGAUUCCGAGAGAGAAAACAUUAGAUGAAGCUGAAAAGGACGAGGAAGAUUAUCAAAAUUUUCUUUUGGAGCGAGUGGGACGUGAAGAUAUUCGUGUGGCUUUCGAAUCACUAGCCGAACCAUCCAAUGUGGUCAAGACAAAUGAAGAUAAUCUAGGGGAGGAUGAUGAAACUUUUUUGAAGAAUUACGUCUUGGGUCGAGGAUGGAUUGAUAAGGAGGCCAAAAAGAUACCAAAAUAUGCCGAGAUAGUGAAAUCAGAAGGACGACGCCAUCAAUCAGAUUCCACUAAUCCAUCACAUGCGGCUAAAUCACAAGCCCCGGGACGGACAUUGAUUGAUGAAACUCAGGAUGACGAUGAGGAUGAAGAGUUUGUAGAGAAAGCGGAAGAGUUCGAAGCCAAAUAUAACUUUAGGUUUGAAGAUUCAGCACAGACUAUCGUAACCCAUGCUCGAGAGAUGGAUCAUUCCGUUCGUCGGACAGACGAUGCCCGAAAGACUGCAAGAGCAGCGGCAAAAGCCAGGAAGAGAGAAGAAAAGCAGCAGAAAAUGGACGAACUGAAUCGACUCAAAGAACUGAAGCGAACUGCUUUAAUGGCUAAACUUGAUGUUAUCAAGAAAAACGCUGGAGCAGAAGAAUUUAAUAUGGACGAUUUCGACUUGGAAAGUGACUUUGAUCCUGACAGCCACGAUCGGCGAAUGGGCAAUGCGUUCAACAAUCAAUUUUACGGUCAAGAGGACCCCGAUGGGAAGCCUGUCUGGGAUGAUGACAUUGAUAUCGACGACAUAAUCCCACCCCAAGAGUACGAAGCCGAUGAUACUCAAAUAGACUUUGAGCCAGGAGGAGAUGCAUAUGACCCGUUGGCGCCAGCUCCCAAAGGUUCUAAACGGCAAAAGAAGCGCGAGAAAAAACAAUCCAAGAAGCAAAAGUUCAUCGGUGAGACUCUGGGAGAAGAAGUAGAAGCAGAAGAGCCUAAUGGAGAACUUGAGCGGGAACUCAUUGACCUCGAAGCUUUACCAUCGGACAAACGAAAGAAACGAAUACUCGAUGCCUUGGAUGAAUACCAUAAGCUGGAUUAUGAAGAUCUCAUUGGCGAUCUUCGUACUCGGUUCAAGUACACCGAAGUUGAACCUGACCCACUCAAUAUUACCCCGGCCGAGAUUCUGAUGGCAACAGACGCCGAACUGAAUGACAUCAUCGGUUUGGGUAAGCUAGCUCCCUAUCGUACAGAGCCUGAUAAGAAAAGCGCGACGAGGAAAAAGAAGUUGAAGGAGCUUCGUGGAAGGCUGAAGGACAGAAGUUGGGGCGAAGCCAACCAAACUGGUCCUGCAGAUUCCUCUGCGCUUAACAAAUAUGGCAAGCGAGGGGCAGCUCAGCAUGCUGAUGGAGCUCAAGGGCCCCCCAAGAAGCGUAUGGGUAGAAAGGAGCGACAGAGGCAAAAAGAUCAGAGUGAAGUUCAUAUGCAGAUUGAGACAGUUGCAACAUGA